UGGAUUAUAUUCUACUAAAUGUUUUCCAACACGGACGUUAACUUGUCGAAAGGAAGAAGGUGGUUCUCAUUGGCUGAUGGCCUACAGAAAGGCAGAGGAGCACAGAAACAUGACUUUGGAUCGAAGACUUAAGAAGAGUAUUAAUAAAGAAAAGAGUUGCAAGAGAUGUUAUACCUUAGACAGAGAUUUCCUGCUGCAGCAUCAUGGUGUUGCUGAGCCAUCAGAACUGUGGACUGUCAACAUCAGUGAGCUGGAGCUGAAUAAUGUCAAGGCAGAAGACCUCAAGGCGUUUAACAAUGUAGCUUUGGUUGAUGCAUCCAUUAACUCCCUCUCUUUAGGCUCUUUCAGCAGUUUUGUUUCGUUAAGAGAACUCAAUCUGGCUGUCAAUGGCCUUUGUCAUGUCACAUUUGAUGGGGCAGACUUCCCUCAUCUUCAGGUGUUGGAUUUGUCCUACAACUGUUUGUCAGCUGAUGUUGUAGUUUCCUUCGGCAGACUUCCACUCCUCAAAGUUCUUCAUCUGACAGGAAAUGAGCUCUGUCAUCUUCCUCCUCAUCUUGGGGCACAGCAGCCUGACCCCCACUCUCAUUUGUGCUGUGGAGAUCAGUUUAACGCGCUGGAGGUCCUGAUGCUUGAUGAUAACAAAUUGUCCUCUGAGGUCUUCAGCAGCCUCUCAAACCUCAAGAGACUGAAGCACUUAAACCUCCAAAGGAACCGCAUCACACAAAUACCAUAUUUGAAACUGAUGACGAGCUGCAUCAAAACUAUGCAGACUCCCAGUCAAGGAGAAAGACACACCCUGGCCAAGCAGAAGAGUUUGAACACCAUGUCACAGGAGAGUGACUUCCUCAGAGAGUUGCUGUCACCUCUACCAGAGCUUCAGUUCCUUGAUUUAUCUCACAACAAGAUUGCCAAAGAGGAGGUGCUGCUGCCUGCGGCUGUUUUUCCAAAGCUUAGAGAAAUCGAUAUUCGCUCCAACCCUAUAACCACAAAGAAAUGUGGUAAAAACAAAAAUAAUGUGUCAGGCGUUUCUAAUGGAGACCCCCCUUUGCUGACAUACUACCUUCAGGAGAAAAUGGGAAUAACAGUGACACGUAAAGAUGUCUGCAGAGCUGCCAAGCAUGGCCUCAGGAUGUCUGCUUCUCCAUAUUGGAAGGCAGUGGAGGUGUCAAACAAGCCUUUGUUGAUGCAUCAGCAUUGUCCUGCUUUAAUCCAGUCCAAGGAAGGAGCGGUGACAGUGAGGUCAAAGGGGAACCUCAACAUAGAUGGACACUUUUUUCAAACCGAGGCAAACAUCUCUGAAGAUGACCAAACUUCCAUGAGACACAAAGACAAGGCCACGCCUGAGAGAUUUUCUCUCAGCAAAAAGAAGAUUGAUGCGAAAUCAAAUCCUGAUGUGGUGCGGCCCGUUGGAAUUCAAACAGCUGUUCAAAUGCUGGAGAACACACUGAAGAAUCUUAAUAUUUACAGAGACACCAAACCAAAACUUGAUGGCAUCCAGACGCCACACAGACAAAGACUUGAACGGAUUAGGGAACUGACACCUUUGAGACCGAGACCUGGUGAACUGCAGGAUGAGAUGAUCAAAGACUUAAGGCAGUGGCCAAUGAAGAAGCAUUGAAGAACACAAGGAGGCACUUGAGCUGCUGAGGGAUUUGGAAACACAACACGAGCUCCUGGAUAGGAAAGCAAUGGAACAAGGAGUGAACAGAGAACAGAUAAAGUGCUGUUGAGGAUGAAUCAGUCCGGGUGUAAAGCAUCCAGGAACAAAGGUUUGGUCAGAUUUCAUGUUCAAACAUGAUUUUUUUUCCACCAGAAUGAAAAAAAUACUUAUAGCACAUAACUCAUUUUACUCAAAAAUACAGAAGCGGUUAUUAUUACUAUUUGUAUUUAAUACUUAGUAGUAGUAGUAGUAGUAAUAGUAUUUUUCAUUUGCAUAGUUACAAAACUGCGGUGAGACCAACCAUGUUGUUUGGUCUAGAGACAGUGCCACUGAAGAAAAGACAGGAAGCAGAACUGAAGGUAGCAGAGAUGAGGAUGCUGAGGUUCACAUUGGGAGUGACCAUGAUGGAUAGGAUCAGGAGCGAUUGAUUUGCUGUGUCGACCCCUGAAGGAAAAAGCCGAAAGAGAAAGAAGAAGUAGUAAUAGUGUUAAUUACUCAUAAAAUUAGUAUUUUUAGAAUAAUAAUAAUGACAACAAUAAUAACUUUAUUGGUGCCUAAGAACAAUUCUGUAUUCCUUAAAACAUAACACUAUAGACAUGUGCAUGUAUAUAUGUAAAAAAAAGAAGAUAGGAAAAUGUAUAUGUAUAUAUACAGCUAAAAUAUACAAAUAUUUGCACUGUAUACAUUGUGCUUAUAUAAAGUACAUACUAUAAUCUUAUUAUUAGUGUCGUCAAGUGUAGUGGUUUUCAAAGUGUGGCCUCGGGGCCAUUUAUAGCCCACAGCUGGACUUUUGUCAUUACUCGGCACAGUCUAAAAAUAUGAUUAAACCAGAAAUGGAAAAAGGAGAAAAUUUUCAAGGAUAAAGAUGAACCAGGAAGAUAGUAAAGUCAUAACAUUAAGAGAAAAAAUAACAUGGAGUUGAAUUUUUAAAGUUGCAAUUUUUGGAAAGAGAUUAGGAUAGUAAAGUCACAGUAAAGAAAAAAGAUUUAAAAAAAUAAAAAAAAAGAAAGUUGAAUUAUUUGUAAAAAGAUGUGUUUUUUAUAAAGGAAAAAUGAUCCAAAAUUUGAGAAAAGGUAACAAAGUUCAUACUAAUAAUAUACUUUGCAGGCUGUUUUUGUUGUUGUUUUUAAAUGAAAAAUAUGGAGAAAAAAAAAAAGAAAAAUAUGCAAAAAUAGUCCCCCCUUCCUUUGAUUUUGUGGCCAAAGUCCUGGUAUAUUAAUGCAAUAUUGCAGUUUUUCAGAUCUAAAAAGUUAUCUGAAAUAAUAAGUUACUAAAUGCUCACUAUACCAGUUGUUCUUUAACUGUAUCUGGAAAAAGUCCAACAAACACUCCAACCCAGCAGUUAUCGCCCAAACUAAUGUAAGAUGGUGAUGUCACUAUGACAUCACCAAGGAUACUUCCUGCUCCUGAGACAGUUUACACAAUGUAACUGACUUCUCAUGACCAGUAAACUGACCUGGAUUUUCUGAUGUGCAUUCCUGGUUGUGAUUAUCAGUGGCAGGUUACAACAGCACCACAGAGUACCAUCUGGUCCACAGCAGUCUGAACUUUGGGACCUCAAGACGUGAAAAUUAUCUCCUAAUAUAAGCACAGCUCGAAAAGACAAAUUGCACAAUCUGCAUAUAUCCUUUAUUAAGUCCAUAUGGCCGACCAAACUCUUUCCAGAUGCUUCAUUAACAAACAUUGUCGAAGUUCAACCAAAAUACUAUUGCGGUUUAUAAAUGACGGUUUGUAUGGGAUGUUUGUGUUGAAUAAAUUGAUGAGAAUAGAAAAAUACACUCUUGUGGAAAGGGCUGGAACAAUGGUUAAUAAAUCACACACAGCAUGGAAAUUCUUAGACCGCAAUGCCACCAUGCCCCCUUGUGGGUGUGAGCAGCAGAAAGUGACGAUCUCAGCACAUAUUUGUUUUACAGUGUAAAAAGAUCAUUCACAACGAUUUGAUGAGGUACUGGCUCACCUGUCCUGUACGAAAGGGGGUUUUUCAACCACAAGAGAAAAUGAUUUAGAGCUUUACAUUAUAUGCUGCAGCUGACUUUUCAUUCCUGUAUGUUUGCAGGUAGAUUCACUGGUUGACUUUCAUUUAUAAAUGUAUGCUUGGGCUCCUACCAUCUUACAUAAUAGCAUAGUAGCAUUUAUAGCCAUUUUUAAGGGUACACUUGAACACUUAGCAUUAUUAUGCUAGAUUCUAGCAUGUUAGCUGAUGCCCGCCGUGGUGUAGUGGUUAGCGUUUUGGACUUUAGAGCGGAUGCCCCGGGUUUGAAUUGAAGCAUCCGGAAUUUAAAGAUCCGCCGUGGUGAAUCCAUAAUCAGGAAAAAGCCAAAAGAAACAAAACAAAUAACAUUAGUGUGUAAGCAUUGCUAGCUUAUUCUAGAUGUUAGCAUGCUAACAUUAACAUGUUAGCAUAUCAACAUUUUUUUUACGAUUUUCAUGAAAACUUAAGCAGACAAAUAUCGUCAUGCUAGGUGUUAGCAUGCUAACCUUAGCAUGUUAACACCUAGCAUGAUGAUAUAUGAUAUACAUAUAUAUGAUGAUAUAUAUAUAUCAUAGCAUGAUGAUCAUGCUAACAUAAUUCUACUAACAUUUUUAGCAUUUACAGAGAUAGGCACUUUAUACAACCACUUAUUAUGCUAGGUGUUAGCAAGUCUUUCACCAAAUGGAGGUGUAUUUUCAUGGUUAUGGAUGCUAAACAUGCACAUAAAAUAAAUGUAUUACUAGAAUUUAUGGUGUACAUCAGAAUAUGGGGGGAACUACGGUGGUUGGCGACGGUCUGCGUUCUCAGAAUGCUUUUCUCGUUUGUCAAAUGCAUCCAGUACUGUCUGUCACAUACAUGCAUAAAUCCCAACAACAGUACACUCUGCACUCUCAGAAAAUGUACUAAGAGUCCUAAGAGUCAGAACAGAGUUAGGUAAGACAGCAUUCCAAUACGCUGCACCCUUUGCAUGGAAUGAUCUGCAAAACAACUUAAACUUAUCUCAACUUGUUUCAUUAGGAGAAUUUAAAGCUAUUUUAAAGGAACGGGAAAUGAAUGGGCUUGCCUACUGAUUGUUGACUGUGAAUGUUGUAUUGUACGUUGUCAAUGUCUAGAUUUUUAAUCACAAUUAAGCCAAUUCCACCUCUCCUUACGUGUUCCUUCAUCUCAAUUAUGAGAAGGAAAGAGGACUCGCGCUCCAAUUUCGGUUUAUGAAUUGUAUUGACAAUAAAUCAAAAAGAAAAGAAUGGCAAUGUCUCUUAAGCCUCCACACCAGAAGAGAAAUUGCUCCUGACUGAUGGCGCCUUUUGCGUUUGUACUUUGACCAUUGGCGCCAGUGUACCUCAAGCUAGUCUAUUGCUUGACGAAGCUUGUGUGACGCAAGCAGGUGAUAGCUGGAGCUUUCACUGACACGAUGACAUUUUUUCCUCCACAUAGAACAUACUUUGCCAGAUUGUCUCAUGGUCUAGCCUUGGCUGCUGGUGCCGGCUUCAAUGAAGGUCAAUGAAGUGUAGGUCAGCCACUAACCAAACAGUCAGACACCACUUUUGGCUGUGACAGAACGAGAUGUCAUCAACGCCGCUCAUGAAUCCACUGCCAAGUGACCUCGCUCAAGUGCAACACACUCGUGGAACUUUUUCCACAUCAGAACACGAGGCCAUGACUGACACUGUCUCUCUGCGGGCAUGUGUUUAAAACCUUUAAAGAAAAUCAGGGGCCAUGACAUGUAUCCUGUUAUUGUCCAUGAUCGCUCAGCACAGAGGGAGUGCAAAAAAACCCAGCAACUCUGAAGUAUUUGUGAUGGAGUAUAAACACUGCAGAGUGCAGGAAUCAGCUAUGAAAGCAAACAGGACUUAAUUACCUUUUAAUGCAAUUUGCUGCAGUGCAUACACAUGCAGUGCUUCACUUACACUUGAGCACAUCUUGCAGCAGUGGAGGGAGAAAAUAUUUCAUUCAUUUUGAGUGCAUUCAACUCACUGAUGAUGGCAUCACGACCCAACAAUUUGCACAAACAGUGUUAAUUACCUCUGCCAUGCGCAAGCGCAGUGGUUAUGUUUUUGCUGUCUGUGUUCAAAAUAACUUAAAAAGUUCUGAAUGGAUUUGGAUGAAAUUUUCAGGAAUUGCCGGAUAUAACUGAUUAUAUUUUGUUGGUGAUUAAAGGAUUUUUUGAACAUUGCAAGAUAGGACCACUUUUGGCAUUUGUGCGUAUAACAGGUCAGGGUACUUGUUUGAGACAUUUUGCCCUACCCAGUACAUUUCUAGGUGUCAGCAUGCUAACAUUAGCAUGAUAGCAUGCUAACAUUAAUAUACUCCCAUUUUUUAUAUUUUCAUGGGUAGACAGAUAUAUAAACACCACUAUCAUCCUUUGUGUUAGCAUGCUAACUUUAGCAUAUUACCACUACUAACAUGCUAAUAUUAGCAUAGUAAAGUUUUUAGCCACUUUUAUGGCCAUUAGCCAUUUUUUU